GAUUUACUUGAAACACAUUUUGUAGGAGGGUUUGUUUGACGGCUAGUGUGAGUUGGUAGUAAACUUGCCAAGUGAAGUAGAAGCCGGCUGCUGAUUGUCAUUGGUGGUUGUCUCUUGUAUUCCUCUCACGUAGGGAGUUAUAUUUUAUAUGAUAGACUGCCAGCUCGAAUUCAUUUUUCCGCACAUUGAAACACUGCGUCGGUACGUUGUAAAGGAUCGAAUAGAAUUGUGGAUUUUCAUGCUAAAUUAGUGUUAAAGCCAUGCAAGUGUUACAUUACAUUCUGUUGAAUUUGAGCAAGAAUCGAUAGAAGUAUUAUAUCUGAUAUCGGCUUUAGAAGUAGCCCUUAUUAACGUUACUAGGAAAUAUGAUGAGGAGAAGCGGUCUGUACAAUCGGUUUUAGAUAUUGGAAUAAUCUUGGUCGUUUGACAGUGUCACUAGUCGUAUUGUCGCGCGCGCGGGCGUCUGACGUAGUUCACUUGUAGAGUGUCUAUUUAUGGAAACCUUGGACGUAAAACAUGAAUGGAUUUAAAGUGGUUUGAUUCAGAAACGAGGCUCGGGUUCCCAUCCCGAUUAAAUUGAUUGACAGAAGAAGGAAAGCGUAGUUUGACACUGUUGUACACUCAUAUACAUUGUAAACAUUACCAACUUUGGAUGUAUCGUUCAUAAGGGGAGCAAUAACUAUUCAAUAAAAGAUAAUGCGAGACGGGUCGAUUGACGACGAUAUGGCAUCACAGGUGGACUUUCCAAUGGCGGAGGAGAUACAAGCAGACGACAGUUUCUGGGACUACACCGGAUAUAAGACACUUAUGGGAUGCUCGAAGAAGGCCAGCAGGUUGCCGGUCACGCGGACAGAGGAGCCACCUUCUCCCUCAGACUCUGGCGGUGGACUUUCAAAUAGUGAGGAUUUAAGUGAACGAAAAAUGAAAAGCCCCAAAAAAUCGUCAAAAAGACGAAAAGGAGUGAGCGCUCGUGAAAGGAACGUGAGAAGAAUAGAGAGUAAUGAAAGAGAGCGACAAAGAAUGCAUUCGUUAAAUGACGCUUUUGAGGGCCUUCGUGAUGUCAUUCCACACAUCAAUAUGGACAGAAAACUGUCCAAAAUAGAAACCCUUACACUCGCUAAAAAUUACAUUAAAGCAUUAACAAACGUGAUUUGUGAGCUGCGAGGUGAAGACGUAGUUUUUAAUGACAUUUACGAGGGCUCGGAGGGUUCGGAGGGUUCAAGCACAGACGCACCUGAUGAGCAUACGGAUGCUCUCGGAAGCGACGCCGGAAGUGUUCAAACUAGCGGAAGUGAAUCCUCCAACAAUCAAGACACGGAUCUAGAUUCCAAUUCUGGUGCUGAUGUGGACAUAUUAAACACCUCGUGCUUAGUGUAAAGUCAUUCGAAUGCCAACAUAUUAACAAUAUUCGUUUUCACACGGAAUUCAUCCAUUACAGAUAUAUUUAGCUUCUUCAUUCAUCUUCGAGACAUAGAGAUAUAUUUAUUUUUGUGGCACACACCACGUAUUUAUCACCUCAUGUUUCUCAUAUUGGUACCGAGUCUCGACAACGGACAGUUAUGUUUCAUCUAUUGAAAUUCUAGUAUUGGCAAUGCCGACAUUGUAGAUGCGUUUAAUGCUUAUUGCCAUACAGUUUGUGUUCAUCAUUUGGACAAUAAAUCUCGACAUUCCAAGGAAAUAUUCAGAAUCUGUAGAUAAUUUGAUACGUUCAGCUUGUUAUUUUAUUGACACAAAAUCCAAAAUGGGAAACUACAGACACGCGAAAAAUUUGCAUUGCGUUUUUGUUGGUCGCUCUUCCUGCCGAGCGGACUUGCGAAAAACGAGAUUCUGGACUGAUUGUCAUUCAUCAUUUUUUAAAGUGAUAUUGUUUCUUCCUCUGCAAAGGGGCACGUUGCGGAUACAAGUUAAUGGAGACGCAAUUACCAGAGACUUUUUAGUGGGGAUAUUGACUUGUGAAUAUGGCCGCGCUGUUACCGCGGCGAUGUAGCCUGAAGACCGUUGAUUCAGUGAAAUUAUCAAUCCGUCUGAAUCUAUACCUUGAACGUUUAAAACAUUUUCUGUCUCGCCAAUUUUUUUGGCAAAUAACCUCAGGAGCUACUAAAAAUGAUCACGACAAAGUUCCAAGCACAUUUAUAAGAGGAAAAUUCAAUUCUUGAAAGCCCGCUUCCCUGUGCUUCCGCACGCGGAGCUCCCCUAACUGUCCAAUAUUGGUUCUCAACGCGGCAAUGAACUUCACUAAAACCACCUCGUCGUUGCCCUUCAGUUGUAACUUUGACUCACAAUUGUCAUAAGUGGAUGACAUAGAAACUCUACCCUGCUCUUUUAUAUUUUCUUCGUCGAACUGUCUCGAGGUUUUGAAAAUCCUUUAUAGAGUGCGAUCUGCGGGUGACUCAUUUCUGUCGUUAUAUUCAUGUAUGCACUCUUGGAAAAUAUUAUUAAGAUUUCACAGAGUCAACAAAUGGGCUGUGUGUUCAUCUACAAAUUUGUUUAAGUUUAGAAAACGUUCGAUUUAUGGAUUUCCUUACAACAUGUAAUCCUUUAGCAACAUUUCACUGAUGGAAUCAAUCUUAAACGUACUUUCGAAGAUUGAUGUUUUACACCAGGUGCAAAUUGUAUAGAACUGGAUAUCUUAUCUACUAGUUAUAUUUUGGUUAGGCUGCAUAUGCAAGCAAUUUUAUUGGUCAACAGGCAUUAUUGAAUGAAUAUUGACCAAUCAAUAAACGUUUCGACUAAUUUUAACCAAACUAAAAAAUAACCGGUUUUGUACAAUUUGCUGCAGUUGGUUAUCUACAUUAUAACCUGGUAUAUGUGAAUACAGUUGGUUAUCUACAUUAUAACCUGGUAUAUGUGAAUACAGUUGGUUAUCUACAUUAUAACCUGGUAUAUGUGAAUACAGUUGGUUAUCUACAUUAUAACCUGGUAUAUGUGAAUACCACGUUUAGUAUCCUGUUUAAAUGUACAAUUUCGGACCAAUCGUAGAAUUCUAUACUAUUUACUUGUAAUAUUAGAUUAGAAAGGUUAAUUUUAAAUGUUGUAUACUCUUGUUAGCUGGGUUUGCAUAGUAAAUGUCAACAUACAUUAAAAUUAAUGGAAACAGAAUAUGUCAUAUAAGUAAUAAUGGGACCUACACAUGUUGUAUUUUCCCACUCUUGUCUUUCAAUGCUUUUGGGGUUAUUUUUCUUGAAAUUCCAAGCGUGACCGUGUUGUAAAAUGUAUAUGUACAGUAGAUCUAAAGCUAUAAUUAUUUUUCUAUUUGCAUAACCUUAAAUGACUCCUUUCUGCUGAAUUUCAAUCAAACACUCACUGUUAGCUCAUACGAUGCAUUUAACGUUUAAUCUCAGUAAAUUUUUAUGAGGAAACUCUGGUUGUUUGUACUUAUUAGGACAUCAUUUAUCAAGCAAUAUUAACUAAGUUAGUAGUUACUUCUUGUAAACCAUUACGAGGGAAAACGUGAUUCCAUUCAUCAAUCGCAAUGAUGAUUAUUGAUGAUAAUUGUUAUUUAACGUUGUCUCUUGUCUAUUCAAAUGUGUCGCCCUCACCUUUUUCACCGUUUCAUUUGGUUGUUUCAUUCCCAUUGUUAAAAGAUUAAAAACAGAUUAUAAUCUUUGUUCACUGAUAUAUUGGUGCUCCUGCUGUAUAUUUUUUAUUCAAGCGUGAUUGUGAACAUUUCAGAAUAUGCUAUGUAUAUAUUUGAUUGUUGAACCCUCCUCGUUCUUCAGAUAUAAGGGAAAACCAAUCAAAAUUUGUUUAAUCAAUCACUGUUUGUUUCUCUUUAUGCAUACUGAAAUUGUUUUAUGUUCUUUUUAACGCCACACUCCGCCACGUAAACUCUGAAUCCGUCUCGAGAAUAAGCAAUGUGUAUUGUCCAAUUUUCAUACUGGAAAUCUUAUUUCAAUAAUUUGUGCAUAAGUAGCUUUCUUUCUUUAAUUUAUUAAGAAUGAUGGGAUGUAAAUGAAAAACGUGAUAAACACAUUUUAACAUUUAUUACUCUUCUGAUCGUAAUUAUAAAAACGUUAUUACCAUAUCUACCGUUUAUUAUUCACUUAAAAGCAGUAUAAGUUGUGCUGAGAAAAUUGAUUAAUGAACAGUAAGCUGGUAAUUUGAGUCGCUAAGAGAUUCAGUUCAAGAAAAUAGCAUAUUUUAUAACACUUAAGAAUAGUUCUGUGUAAGAUGUGUGCGUUUGAUAUAUGUUAUAUUUCAAUUAUAGUGUACCAUUUAGGUGUUAUCCAAUUACUCGAGCAAUUAACACACUGUUGACAAUUAUUACCGACGUUAUAAGAUAUGGGACAUUGAAUCAAUAACUGGAGUAUGCUAUAAGCUCUUUCUAUCUUAUCAUCCUAAAGUCAUACACGAUAGAAAACACAUAAUUACUUUCUGUCUUUUAUGGCCCAUUUAGAAGAUCUAUAUCAAUCUGCAAAUCAAUAGCAUGUACACAAAGAUGUACACAAGUGUUAUAAUAUGGUACUUAGUUUGGGCUUCAUUUUCGACUGGUAAACAUAGGUUUUUUUCUAACUUUAAACUCAAUUGAAUAAUCAAUUCAAAACGCAACUACUACAAUACGUUAUUCAACCUGUUCUAUAGACACUGGCAUGUCAUUAAUUAAACAACUCUUUCGCUGGUUAAUUGAUAUUUCACUUUUAAUAUUUAUUUUAAUCUUAAACGUUUGUCUUUUCAAAUGGAAAUUCACCUCUUGUCACGAUUUUCCUUAUAUAAUUAUUUUAAAUCUUUAUUUCCUGCUGAAGUUUUGUUAACAUGGAACCUAAUCUGGGCCUGUUAACUGCCUUAUCUUCAGUAUUGUCGUGACGUUUUAUCAUGCUGUAAGACCUGCUAAACAUAAUCACACCACUAAGAGUCCAAAAUGGUUAAGAACAUGUUCAUGCCAAAAACAUAGUUCAUUGGAUCGGUUAAAUUUUAAAAAAACACAAGUAAAAUAAUGCUUAGAAAAAUGAUAAAUGUAAUUUCCUUUUAGAAAAACAAGAGAAUUUAAGAAGGUAAUGAUCCCUUUGUGCGCUUAGGCAUUUCUUUGUGGUUUCUGAAAAAGGUAUGUCUGAUUUUUGAACUAAUUGGCCAUUUCGGUUGAAUCGACAAUAACAGAUAAACUGUCAGAUUUUCCGUUUACAGCAGUGUUUCAAGUGGUGGUGGUGGUGUGUGUGUGUGUGUGCCCUUGGCCCAUAUCGUAUCAGAUUUGAUACUCUUGCGCUACUAAACCUUUCAGAGUUCGUGCUUCAAAAUCCCCUUAAAAUGGAAUUAAUUUGAAUAAAAACAAUCGAUGCUGUCUUUAAAAGCUCCGUUCCUGCCUGUGCCGACUCAUAGGGAGAACAUGAUGAAUAAAUUAAUGUUACAAAGCAAUAAAACACUAGUGCAGUUAUCAAAUUUUGAAGAUCAUAUGCUACAAACAUUAUACGAGGGAACAUUUCUGUAUUGUAAGAACACAAAUGAGAUACAAAAGAAGAUAAAAAGUGAGUUUUAUUGUCUAUGAAUAAUCUAGUUAGGGUUAUAAUAAUUGAACUACUAAAAUUCCGAAUCUAUUGUGUAUUAGACAUGCUAAGAUUAUUAAGAUUAUAUUGAUAAUUAAUUUAGACACUUCUGAUGUUAAAUCAUAAAUUUACAUAUAUGUAUAAUUAUAUCUCAAUUAAUGAUCGAGUGAUAUAAAUUAUGAAAUAGGCACAUAUUGUUAUGAUUUAAAAGCAACCAAUCAAACUGUAUUCAGCAAACACUAGUUCAACGUUAUGAUUUUAGGACUUCUAUUUUUGUACUUCAUCUUAGUCUGUGAAUGUUCACUUUUACAUAGAGUUAUUUAUUCUACAUAGUAAAGCCAGCUAUGGACGUUUGUACAUAAUUACAAUAUAUUUAACUAUUUAUGUUUUAAUAUUUUAAUGCUUUGUUAUCUUCCAUGUUGCAUAUGAACUCUUGUAAUUAUAUUAUGAUGCUAUUUUAAAAUGAGAAUGUUAAAUUCAACUAUUUGUUAUAUGUUUUUGAUUUCUCAUAAUUGUUUUGUGUGUUACAUUUCAAAGUUAAGGAUGAUUUGUAUGUUGCAUUUCAAACUUUAUAGUGAUUUAAUGAACUAAGUGUAGUGUAACAGAUAUAUACUGUUUAGUUGUAGACAAUAAUUACAAUAGCAGAAAGAGUAAGUCCUGACUAUAAUUAGCUGCUCUGUUAUAUAAUGAUAUAUAUAUUUAUCAAUAUAACUAAAACCUGA